UCGUUGUCAGUAGAGAGGAGCGGCGGCGGCGGAGCGGCGCCUUUACCUGACAGUGUGUUCAACCCCCCAUCUCCCAGCGUUGCCAUGGCAACCUUCCCAGAGUACAUUGCUCAGAACGAGGAGCGUGAUGGCGUGCGGUUCAGCUGGAACGUCUGGCCAUCCAGCCGGUUGGAGGCAACCCGGAUGGUGGUCCCAGUGGCGUCUCUGUUUACCCCGCUGAGGGAGCGACCCGACUUGCCACCGAUACAGUACGAACCGGUUCUCUGCAGCCGGGCCACCUGCCGCGCCGUGCUCAACCCGCUGUGCCAAGUGGACUACAGAGCCAAGCUGUGGGCCUGUAACUUUUGCUACCAGAGGAACCAGUUUCCUCCGUCUUACGCUGGAAUCUCUGAGGUGAACCAACCUGCUGAGUUGCUGCCUCAGUUCUCCACCAUCGAGUAUGUGGUCCAGCGGGGUCCUCAGAUGCCACUGGUCUUCCUGUACGUGGUGGACACCUGUAUGGAGGACGAGGACCUGCAGGCUCUCAAGGAGUCUCUGCAGAUGUCCCUGUCUCUGUUGCCUCCCACUGCACUGGUCGGACUCAUCACCUUUGGCCGGAUGGUUCAAGUUCAUGAGCUUGGCUGUGAGGGGAUCUCCAAGAGCUAUGUCUUCAGGGGAACCAAGGACCUCAACGCCAAGCAGCUUCAGGAGAUGCUCGGUCUGACCAAACCUUCAACCACUCAGGGACGAGGUCCUCAAACUGCCCAACAGCCCCUGUCCAACAGGUUCCUGCAGCCGGUGCAGAAGAUCGACAUGAACCUGACUGACCUGUUGGGGGAGCUGCAGCGCGACCCCUGGCCCGUCACUCAGGGAAAGAGGCCGCUGCGCUCGCUGGGCGUCGCCAUGUCCAUCGCCGUGGGCCUGCUGGAGUGCACCUUUCCGAACACGGGCGCUCGGAUCAUGACGUUCAUCGGCGGGCCGGCGACGCAGGGCCCCGGCAUGGUGGUGGGAGAUGAACUGAAGACCCCCAUCAGGUCCUGGCAUGACCUCGAGAAGGACAACGCCAAGUUCAUGAAGAAAGCCACCAAGCACUAUGAGUCUCUAGCUAACAGAGCGUCUGCUGAUGGUCACAUCAUCGACAUCUACGCCUGCGCUCUGGAUCAGACCGGCCUGCUGGAGAUGAAGUGCUGCGCCAACUACACCGGGGGUUACAUGGUGAUGGCAGACUCCUUCAACACGUCGCUGUUUAAACAAACCUUCCAGAGAGUUUUCACCAAAGACGUCCAGGGAUCCUUCAAGAUGGCCUUCGCCGCCACGCUGGAGGUCAAGACAUCCAGAGAGAUCAAAGUGUCGGGAGCCAUCGGACCCUGCGUGUCCCUGAGCGCUAAAGGACCCUGUGUCUCCGAGAACGAGAUCGGGACGGGAGGAACAUGUCAGUGGAAGAUCUGUGGUUUGGAUCCAACCACUACACUCGCUCUUUACUUUGAGGUGGUCAACCAGCACAAUGCUCCGAUCCCUCAGGGUGGCCGUGGAGCGAUCCAGUUUGUCACUCAGUACCAACACUCAUCAGGACAGAGACGCAUCAGAGUCACCACGACGGCCAGGAACUGGGCAGAUGCUCAGACUCAGAUUCAGAGCAUCGCGGCGUCCUUUGAUCAGGAGGCGGCGGCCAUUCUGAUGGCGAGGUUGGCGGUGUACCGGGCGGAGACAGAGGAGGGGCCUGAUGUUCUCCGCUGGUUGGACAGACAGCUGAUCAGACUGUGUCAGAAGUUUGGAGAUUAUCACAAAGACGAUCCAAACUCCUUCAGGUUCUCUGAGACCUUCUCCCUCUACCCCCAGUUCAUGUUCCACCUGCGGCGCUCCCCGUUCUUGCAGGUGUUCAACAACAGUCCAGAUGAGAGUUCAUAUUACAGACAUCAGUUCAACAGACAGGACCUGACUCAGGCUCUCAUCAUGAUUCAACCUGUGCUCUACGCCUAUUCAUUCAACGGCCCACCUGAGCCGGUCCUGUUGGACAGCAGCAGCAUCCUGCCAGACCGAAUCCUGCUGAUGGACACUUUCUUCCAGAUCCUGAUCUACCACGGAGAGACUGUGGCUCAGUGGAGGAAGGCCGGCUAUCAGGAAAUGCCAGAGUAUGAAAACUUCAGACAUCUCCUUCAGGCUCCGGUGGACGACGCUCAGGAGCUCCUCCACACUCGCUUCCCUAUGCCCAGAUACAUUGACACCGAACAUGGAGGCAGCCAGGCUCGCUUCCUGCUCUCCAAAGUGAACCCCUCCCAGACCCACAACAACAUGUAUGCCUGGGGUCAGGAGUCUGGAGCCCCCAUCCUGACAGAUGACGUCAGUCUGCAGGUGUUCAUGGAUCACCUGAAGAAACUCGCCGUCUCCAGCGCCGCCUGAGCUCACCUGCCGCCUCACGUGUCUGCAUCAUGUUUACUCUCUGAUUUUGCAUUUGCUGCCUGAGUUCCCAUGACAACCAGUCGACCAACCAACAAGCAGAAACACCUUCUAGCAUCAGCCAAUUAGCAUCAGGUGCAUAACACUGACAGCCAAUAGGGAUGCAGGUACAGCCUCCAGACAGCUGCAGCGUCACAUGUUCCAGCCCAUCACAUGCUUAAUGUAAACUGCUGCCUCGUUUCAGGAAGUGACUCAGCGUUUUUAAUCAGCAUUUAAUUUACUGAUGAAUUACUGAGACCGGACCCACGGAAACAAUCAUGGAGCAGCGAGCUGUCUCCACCCACAAAUACAAAGUCCACUUCUUAUGUAAAGCUUUUAAUGUGAAAGAGCAGCAGGAAGGGAACUUAACCCCGCUGACACCGAUGAGUAUUCUGAUCGGUGAUGUCAUCCUUUAAUCAGCCAAUCGUUUCCUUUUCUAAAAUUACUUCAGGGGCUGGAACAUGUGGACUCAGCAGUCUGCUCCGUCUCGAGGACAGAUCCAGAAUCCAGAACGUCAGGUGGCCUCUGUUCUGCUGCUCUUCUCUGUUUAGUCCAACUGUUGCACAAAUUACAAGCAAAAGGAAUUUAAAAAGCCUGAAAGGGUUUAAAAAUAUGUUCAGUUUCCCGCCAAAAACAGGAAAACUGAAUCCACGAGGGUCAAAAAUCAGGUCGAACAAAGUGGACAGAAAUGGUGUCUCUUGGUGUGAAGUCCAUUAUUCAGUGUCAGAGAACUGAAGCCCCCACCAGAGAGGGAAACCAGUGCCGAGGGUGAAAUAAACUGUCAGAAUGAAAGUAAAGAGAUCUUUAUAUGAAGCUGCAGCUGGCUGGAGAGAACGAUCACGUCCUGAUUAUUCAUCCGUUUAUUUGUCAGGAACGACAACGAACACCAACAGCUUUCAGAGACAUGAGACAGAUGUGUUGCUUCCAGGAUUCAUCUGUCCCUGGUUAGAACGUUCCACCUACAGAUCAAUCAAUCGGAUCGAUCACUGCGUCACAUUACUGUCAUUGUACAUGUAGGUGAUAUUUGUGGGGGUGUGCAUACGUGUUCAUCAUGUCUCAUUAGUCUUAAUGUUCUGAGUUCUCACACACUUCACUUCAUGUUUCAGAGUUAGUUUGACCUCCGCUCGCCCUCUGCACCCAUCAGUCACCUGUUUUCUCAUAUUUAUCGUCGUUAAUCGCUCAGCAGAGGUGUGCCUUGUUAGGACAAGACUCUGCUCAUUAAUAUAGGUGGAAAUUUUUAAAUUGUUCUAGAAGUAUUAAAUCACACAAUUUAUCAAAAGUGUUUAUCCAGAUGAUGAAAUGUGUGACCGAACUGACUUCAGCGGCUCCUAAAGCGCCGACCAUCGGCCUCAGAGCUAGCUCAGAGCUAGCUCAGAGCUAACUCAGAGCUAACUCAGCCUUCAAAGCAGAUGGUUUUACCACGCUGUAAUCUUUACAGUCCUCUGAAGAUGGUGCUACACUUUUAUUUUGAAAGUUUCAUUACACUUCCGGCUCACCCUUUGCACUGACAUCAGUCUCCUGCGGUCGUCACUUCUCAAGAGAAAACUGAAAAAUGGAAAUUACACCAAACCGUUAGUUCGAGACAGAGAAUCUGACCUCAGUUCAUCACCUGCUGACUGAUCAUCAUCUCUGCCAUCAACAACUAGUCUCGGACUGUAAAACUCGUUUCCUGUCAGUGAUGCUGAGCUCCAGUUCUAACCGUUGACUGUGAAUGUGAAGACCAGUUCACUUCAUGUGCAGAGUCUCUGAUGUGAGGACGCCUGCUGGCUGUUCGUCGUUGAGCUUGAACACUAAAAAUCCUUCAUUCAGUCUUAAUUGUCAUGUUUCUAAUAAAACUCUGCUGUGGAGACGCUCGCUGUGUUUCUGUCACGUUUUCAGUCACGCUAACAUUAGAACAACCAGGCAACACAUACCUGACGGCAAGUAGGUCAGCUGACUCCACACCGGCCGGUCAGAACUGAAGACACCUCGUGGAUGGAGGACUGAUGGUGGUGGACUUGAUUCAACCCUCCUCGGAUGACCGAGAGUCUUCACAGACAUGUUGUCUUAUAUUCUGCUCGGCCUGCUGCUCAUGAUAAGUUUGGUUUUAACAGAACGUGGGAUUAAAAGAUCCAGCAGGGGGCAGAAGAGGACCCAGAUUACUACUCUGCAGACUGCUGCUGUGUCCACUGUCUCCACUGUCUUCACUGUCUCCACUGUCUUUACUGUCUUCACUGUCUUUACUGUCUUCACCGUCUCCUCACUGAUGCUUUUACUGUCUUCACUGUCUUCGCUGUCUUCACUGUCUUUACUGUCUUCACCGUCUCCUCACUGAUGCUUUUACUGUCUCCACUGUCUUUGCUGUCUUUACUGUCUCCACUGUCUUCACUGUCUUCACUGUCUUUACUGUCUUCAUCGUCUCCUCACUGAUGCUUUUACUGUCUUCACUGUCUUCACUGUCUUCACUGUCUUUCCCGUCUCCUCACUGAUGCUUUUACUGUCUUCACUGUCUUCACUGUCUUCACUGUCUUCGCUGUCUUCACUGUCUUCACUGUCUUUACUGUCUUCAUCGUCUCCUCACUGAUGCUUUUACUGUCUUCACUGUCCUCGCUGUCUUCACUGUCUUUCCCGUCUCCUCACUGAUGCUUUUACUGUCUUCACUGUCUUUGCUGUCUUCACUGUCUUCACUGUCUUUCCCGUCUCCUCACUGAUGCUUUUACUGUCUUCACUGUCUUUGCUGUCUUCACUGUCUUCACUGUCUUUCCCGUCUCCUCACUGAUGCUUUUACUGUCUUCGCUGUCUUCACUGUCUUCACUGUCUUUCCCGUCGCCUCACUGAUGCUUUUACUGUCUUCACUGUCUUUACUGUCUUCACUGUCUUCACUGUCUUUCCCGUCUCCUCACUGAUGCUUUUACUGUCUUCACUGUCUUUGCUGUCUUCACUGUCUUCACUGUCUUUCCCGUCUCCUCACUGAUGCUUUUACUGUCUCCACUGUCUUUGCUGUCUUUACUGUCUCCACUGUCUUCACUGUCUUCACUGUCUUUACUGUCUUCAUCGUCUCCUCACUGAUGCUUUUACUGUCUUCACUGUCUUCACUGUCUUUACUGUCUUCACUGUCUUCACUGUCUUUCCCGUCUCCUCACUGAUGCUUUUACUGUCUUCACUGUCUUUGCUGUCUUCACUGUCUUCACUGUCUUUCCCGUCUCCUCACUGAUGCUUUUACUGUCUUCACUGUCUUUGCUGUCUUCACUGUCUUCACUGUCUUUCCCGUCUCCUCACUGAUGCUUUUACUGUCUUUGCUGCGGCCUCUUUCCCUCCUUCCUCCUGGCUGACUCUGUUGCCGUGGUGACGACCCUCCUUCCUCUUUGCUAACUGCUGUCAUGGUUACGAUCCUCCUCCCUCCGUGAUGACUCUGUUGCACGGUGACGACCCCCUUCGUCUUUGCUGACUCUGUUGCCAUGGUGAUGACCUCCUCUGUCAGUUUCAGCUUUAAAAUAAAAUCUGUCAGUUUGUACAAUCGACU